AUGGCGCCCCUCAGGAAGCGGAAGCUACGCAACUCCACCGUUGACUCUGUGAAUAUCUUCAAUGCGAUCAGUGGCUUGAGCGGCUCGCCAUCAAGACGAAAUACCAUACACGGCGCGUCAACUCCACCUCCGGCACCCCGAGACGCGAGACCAGACCUCUUCGAGAUCCCCGUGACACCGCCCAAUAAACGCAAAAUCACACCACCUCGGAGUGAACCUCUAAUGAGACAAUUACGAAGCCGUGAAGUUGACCUUUCGCCGCUCAAAGCUGCUUCUACGCUUGAAGACGAGCCUCCCGCGUCGCCUUCCGAACGCGACGAAGCGGGUGAUACCUCAGAACCCCGGGAUGAUUCCAAUAGAGAACAAUAUUCUGAACAGGAUGAAAAUCUGAGGGCGGAAGAUGGAAGCGAGGAGGAGGCGAGCCAGUAUGAAGAGGUUCACGAGGGAGAUGGUCUCGAAGAAGAGGACCCUCUGCCUAAUCGCGUGAAUCUUUGGCCGGAAGAUUCGGACGAUGUCCCUGAUGAAUCCAACGACGAUAGCUCUACCAGUUCUGAUGAGGAUCGACCAACCUCAUAUCAAAAAGUACCCAAAUCCGACGAUAUUCAGGUUUUGAUCGAUAAUCGGAGGGGCGUUAAACAGAGAAAUGGAGACACACCUGAUAGUGGCCUAUUCGUGUCGUCUGCGUCUGAAAUUGAGGAGAGUGACCCAGAAGAGGAAGCGUAUGUGUGGGAAGAAUCGGACGGUGAGCGGCAAAGGGCUCAGCAACUUGAAGCUGCCGACGUUGCCGACGCUGUACCAGCCGAUGCCACCGAUGAGCCUCUGAAUGAACUAUUCGUUGAGCAGCGCGUGGAAGACGAGCCUGCUGUCGAUGAAUCAUCACAUCCAGAGCGCGCUCGCAAAAAUGAACUGCAAGACCUGAGCCGAUGGCUUGCGCAGGAGAUUGAGUCAUCCCCCCAGGGUGCACUAUGGGAAAUUCUUCGUGCUAGCAAGCGAGAGUUGCGACAAUUUGCAAUCAAGCCCAUCCCAGAGUACCUCAAAGGAGCCAACUCCGAGGUCACGGAAAUGCGACAGCUUUACUACGACAUUAUCAACAGCUCUACCUUGACCUCAGAAGCAAGGACGGAGCUGAGGAAUCUCAGAGAGGCCGUCCGUACCGAAGCCACGCGAAUCUUCGAGUACGCAGCUGAGGAGGCUCCGGAAGAGACUAGUGAAGGUGCCGAGAUGCUCAAUCAGUUCGAGGCACACGUGGUGGGCCCUAUGAUCACUCUUGUUACCUUUGGCUACAGAGCCCAUAAGAUGUUGGGUUUACCAGCAUAUGACCAGUUUGAGGGAAUACUGGAGCUUCUGCUGUGGAUUUGCACGCAGAUCUCUAACUAUAGGCAGACUUCCUACUUGAGGGGAACCAAGGCGAAAUCAAAGGCUCUUAUUCUCCCCUUGAAGCGCAUCAUCAAGUCUCUGGGUAUGGGCGACUUAAGUGCAAGUAGGACUUCCAGCUCUCGUCCAUCACUAGCCACCCAGGGUGGUAUGUCUUAUACACAAGAUGAUACUAUCUCCACACAAUGGACUCAAGUGCCCGAUUAUGAUAUACCCCCGUCACAACGCCCAUGGACUUUGGAUGAAGAGGAUGCCCUCCGCAAUGGGGUACGACGAUUCUCCGCAUAUGGCAAUCCGAUUCCGUUGGUUAUGAGUCACUAUGGACAUCGUUUACGACGGCGAACCUGCCGGGAUCUUAAAGCUAAAUUGGACGAGCUGGGCCCGUUUGAUUAG